AUGCCGGUGGCCACGGCCGGUGCCCGUGAAGCAGUGGAGGUUGGCCAGGACAGGCUCGACGAGGCUCACGAGGGCCAGUUUGUCUGUGACGCCAGGAAGCACCAGCUCGCCCGCGCGACGGUAAGCUGCUACGCGCUGCUAUGGCGCGACGGCGGCGACCUCGCCGAGUGCCAGUUCGAGCAGAGGCCGAUGAGGCUCGUGCACCCAGACGACGAGCUGGGCGGCACGCUGCUGCUCACGUUCCCGGCGCGCGUCGUCCACGAGAUCGACGCGUGGAGCCCGCUCGCGCCCCCGCGGGGCGACGUGGCCCCCGGCGUCCCGCAGCUGAUGCGCCGCGCGGCCGACAGGGACGACCCGCCGCCGGGCCCGGCCAGGGCGGACGUCGAGGCCUUCCUGCAGUCAAACCGCGUGGAGGUGAUCGCGCUAGUGGAGGGCGAGGAGCCGAUCACGUCGUGCACCACGCAGGCGCGGCACUCGUACGUGAACGAGGACUUGGCCUUCGACUGUACCUUUGCCAACGCCGUCGUGCACGAGAACGGGACGUGGGCUAUACAGUACGAGAAGCUGCAGGAGCUGCUCCCGGCCCCGCCGUGCUGA